CAGGUUCCCGUCUUCGACAGGAGGAUUUCCCGCCUCGAAUCGUGGAACACCCCUCGGAUCUGAUUGUUUCCAAAGGAGAACCAGCCACUCUGAACUGCAAGGCAGAGGGAAGGCCGACCCCCACCAUCGAGUGGUACAAGGGGGGGGAAAGGGUGGAAACGGACAAGGAUGACCCGCGCUCCCACCGGAUGCUGCUGCCCAGCGGAUCUUUAUUUUUCCUGCGCAUCGUGCACGGGCGCAAGAGCCGGCCGGACGAAGGGGUCUACGUGUGUGUGGCAAGGAAUUACCUCGGGGAAGCUGUAAGUCAUAAUGCAUCGCUGGAGGUGGCAAUUCUACGGGAUGACUUCAGACAAAAUCCAUCAGAUGUCAUGGUGGCUGUGGGGGAACCUGCAGUGAUGGAAUGCCAGCCCCCAAGAGGUCACCCAGAGCCCACUAUAUCAUGGAAGAAAGAUGGGACCCCUCUAGAUGACAAAGAUGAGAGAAUUACAAUCAGAGGAGGAAAGCUUAUGAUCACGUACACAAGAAAGAAUGAUGCUGGCAAAUACGUUUGUGUUGGAACAAAUAUGGUUGGAGAGCGUGAAAGUGAAGUUGCAGAGCUCACUGUUUUAGAGAGACCAUCUUUUGUAAAGAGACCGAGCAAUUUGGCGGUGACUGUGGAUGACAGUGCGGAGUUUAAGUGUGAGGCAAGAGGUGACCCAGUCCCUACAGUGAGGUGGAGGAAAGAUGAUGGGGAGCUGCCAAAAGCAAGAUAUGAAAUCCGUGAUGAUCAUACCUUGAAAAUCAGGAAAGUUAUGGCAGGAGACAUGGGAUCAUACACUUGCGUUGCAGAAAAUAUGGUUGGAAAAGCUGAGGCAUCAGCAACUUUAACAGUUCAAGAGCCUCCACAGUUUGUUGUGAAGCCUCGAGACCAGGUAGCUGCACUGGGAAGAACAGUGACUUUCCAGUGUGAAGCAACUGGAAACCCUCAGCCAGCCAUCUUCUGGCGGAGAGAAGGGAGUCAGAAUCUGCUUUUCUCAUACCAGCCCCCUCAGUCAUCCAGCCGAUUUUCAGUCUCUCAGACAGGAGAUCUCACCAUCACCAAUGUCCAGAGAUCUGAUGUUGGGUACUACAUCUGCCAGACUUUAAAUGUUGCAGGAAGUAUCAUAACAAAAGCCUACUUGGAAGUUACAGAUGUGAUUGCAGACCGGCCUCCCCCUGUCAUUCGGCAGGGUCCUGUCAAUCAGACUGUGGCUGUAGAUGGUACUUUAGUACUGAACUGUGUGGCCACAGGCACAUUAAUGCCCACUAUCCUCUGGAAAAAGGAUGGGAUCCUCAUUUCCACCCAAGACUCUCGCAUCAAGCAGCUGGAGACAGGAGCACUGCAGAUUAGAUAUGCCAAGCUGGGUGACACUGGCCGGUACACCUGCAUUGCUUCAACCCCGAGCGGCGAAGCGACGUGGAGCGCAUUCAUAGAGGUCCAAGAGUUUGGAGUCCCGGUGCAGCCACCAAGACCCACUGACCCAAACUUGAUUCCUAGUGCUCCAUCAAAGCCUGAGGUUACAGAUGUCAGCAGAAAUACAGUAACGUUGUCAUGGCAACCCAAUUUGAAUUCAGGUGCAACGCCAACUUCUUACAUAAUUGAGGCCUUCAGCCAUGCAUCAGGGAGCAGCUGGCAAACUGUAGCUGAAAAUGUGAAAACUGAGAGUUUUGCAGUGAAAGGGCUAAAACCAAAUGCAAUUUAUCUCUUCCUUGUGAGAGCAGCUAAUGCAUAUGGGCUGAGUGACCCAAGCCAAAUAUCUGAUCCAGUGAAAACUCAAGAUGUUCCGCCAACAAGUCAAGGUGUGGAUCACAAGCAGGUCCAGAGAGAGCUGGGUGACGUGGUGCUACAUCUGCACAACCCUACUAUCCUUUCUUCCUCCUCAAUCGAAGUUCAUUGGACUGUGGACCAGCAAUCCCAGUAUAUUCAAGGAUAUAAAAUUCUGUACCGGCCUACACCAGCAUCUUAUGGAGAAUCAGAGUGGUUAAUCUUCGAAGUGAGGACUCCAACCAAAAACAGUGUUAUCAUUCCAGAGCUGAAGAAAGGUGUAAACUACGAAAUCAAGGCCCGCCCCUUCUUUAAUGAGUUUCAGGGAGCAGAUAGUGAAGUGAAAUUUGCAAAGACCCUGGAAGAAGCUCCCAGCGCUCCACCUCAGAGCGUUUCAGUAACUAAGAACGACGGGAACGGGACAGCAAUCGUGGUCACCUGGCAGCCACCCCCUGAGGACAACCAGAACGGGAUGGUUCAGGAAUAUAAGGUUUGGUGCCUUGGCAAUGAAAGCCGAUACCACAUAAACAAGACGGUGGAUGGAACCACCUUUUCCGUAGUCAUCCCCUCCCUGGUUCCCGGCAUCCGAUACAGCGUGGAAGUGGCUGCAAGCACUGGGGCAGGACCUGGAGUGAAAAGCGAUCCCCAGUUUAUCCAGUUAGAUUCUCAUGGAAACCCUGUGUCUUCAGAAGAUCAAGUCAGUUUAGCCCAGCAGAUUUCUGAUGUAGUAAAGCAGCCUGCCUUUAUUGCUGGAAUUGGUGCAGCCUGUUGGAUUAUCCUCAUGGUCUUCAGCAUCUGGUUGUAUCGCCACAGGAAGAAGAGGAAUGGACUCACGAGUACUUACGCUGGUAUCAGAAAAGUCCCGUCUUUUACCUUCACACCAACAGUAACAUAUCAGAGAGGAGGAGAGGCCGUAAGCAGUGGAGGCAGGCCUGGACUCCUAAACAUCAGUGAACCGGCCACUCAGCCGUGGUUAGCAGAUACUUGGCCUAACACAGGGAACAAUCACAAUGACUGCUCCAUCAACUGCUGCACCUCUGGCAAUGGCAACAGUGAUAGCAACCUUACAACGUACAGUCGACCAGCCGAUUGUAUAGCAAAUUACAACAAUCAGCUGGACAACAAGCAGACAAACCUGAUGUUGCCUGAGUCAACUGUAUAUGGGGACGUGGACCUCAGCAACAAAAUCAAUGAGAUGAAAACCUUCAAUAGUCCAAAUCUAAAGGAUGGAAGAUUUGUCAGCCAGCCUGGGCAGCCCACUCCUUAUGCCACCACUCAGCUCAUCCAGUCCAGUAUCAGCAAUAAUGUUAACAAUGGCAGCGGGGACACGAAUGAGAAACACUGGAAACCCUCUGUUCAGCAAAAGCAAGAGGUUCCACCCAUACAGUACAACAUUAUGGAGCAAAACAAAUUAAACAAAGAUUACCGAGUAAAUGACAACAUUGCUCCAACUAUUCCCUACAAUCAGUCAUAUGACCAGAAUACAGGUGGAUCCUACAACAGCUCAGACAGAGGCAGCAGUACAUCUGGGAGUCAAGGGCACAAGAAGGGUGCUCGGACCCCAAAGGCUCCCAAGCAAGCUGGCAUGAACUGGGCAGAUCUUCUCCCACCCCCUCCAGCACACCCACCUCCCCACAGCAACAGCGAAGAUUACAGUCUUUCAGUGGAUGAAAGCUAUGACCAAGAAAUUCCUUGUCCUGUGCCACCUGCAAGGAUGUAUCUGCAGCAGGAUGAGCUAGAGGAAGAGGAAGAAGAUGAGCGAGGUCCUACUCCACCUGUCCGAGGAGCAGCUUCCUCUCCAGCCGCUGUCUCCUAUAGCCAUCAGUCAACUGCCACUCUCACCCCCUCUCCCCAGGAGGAACUCCAGCCCAUGUUACAGGACUGUCAGGAGGAUCUGGGACACACACAACACCAACCUGACCGGAGACGUCAGCCUGUGAGCCCUCCACCCCCUCCAAGGCCCAUCUCCCCACCACAUACCUAUGGGUACAUCUCAGGGCCCUUGGUGUCUGACAUGGAUACUGAUGCCCCAGAAGAGGAGGAGGACGAGGCAGACAUAGAGGUUGCCAAGAUGCAGAACAGGAGGCUCCUUUUGCGUGGCCUGGAGCAGACCCCUGCCUCCAGCGUUGGGGAUUUGGAGAGCUCUGUGACAGGCUCCAUGAUCAAUGGCUGGGGCUCAGCCUCUGAAGAAGACAACAUCUCCAGCGGGCGCUCCAGCGUGAGCUCCUCCGACGGGUCGUUUUUCACCGACGCCGAUUUUGCACAGGCUGUCGCAGCGGCUGCCGAGUACGCCGGCCUCAAAGUAGCCAGACGGCAAAUGCACGAGGCAGCGGGAGGCCGUAGACAUUUUCACGCAUCACACUGUCCCAGACCCACCAGCCCCGUAUCUACUGACAGCAACAUGAGUGCUGUUGUAAUACAGAAGGUCCGACCUGCCAAAAAGCAAAAACACCAGCCAGGACAUCUGCGCAGAGAAGUCUACACAGAUGAUCUGCCCCCUCCUCCUGUGCCCCCUCCCGCCAUAAAGUCCCCGACGGCGCAGUCCAAGUCGCAGCUGGAGGUGCGGCCGGUGAUGCUGCCCAAGCUCGCCUCCAUGGACGCCAGGACGGACAGAUCUGCGGACAGGAAGGGAGCGAGCUACAAGGGCAGGGACGGGGCGGAGGGCAGGCAGCACCCCGACGUGCGGACGGGCUCGGGGGAGCGCAGAGAGCCCCAGGAGCAGCAAAGCGACGGCAAACCGCGAGCGAGCAAAGCACCAAAACGAGACGGCACACCAGCAAAAAGUCAUCUUCUUCAAGAGGACAUCCUGCCAUAUUCUAGACCAACGUUUCCAACAUCAAACAAUCCUAGAGAUCCCAGCUCCUCCAGCUCCAUGUCAUCAAGAGGGUCAGGAGGCAGGCAGAGGGCAGAUCAAGCAAAUCUAGCCCGAAGGAAUGUUGCAGAAAUGCAAGUACUGGGAGCCUAUGAACAAGGAGAAGAGGAAGAAGAAGAAGAGAUGGAGGAAACAGAAAGCUGAAGACAACGACAUGUACUGUAACAGGCUUUUAAAAUCUAAUCAGAAAAAAAAAUAAAUCACUUAAGAUGC